UAGAUGCCGGGUAGGGAAUAGAGGAGAUUGUUGUGAAGAACAGAUAUCAUGUGGUAGACCAAGUACAAUUUCGAAUGGAAGUUUUAUUGGCAGUGUUUAUACGUAUGGAAAUCAAGUGCAAUAUAAAUGUGAUAGGCAGUUCAGAAUGACUGAUACGUCACUUGAGAACAGGACAUGUACUGAACAAGGGUAUUGGACAGGCAAAGCACCGCAAUGCAUUUAUGCUGCCUAUUGUAAAAGUAGCCCAUGUCAAAAUAAUAGUACGUGUGUUGACUUGCCCGGAAAAUAUGUGUGCCAGUGUAAGCAGGGAUGGACUGGUCAACAUUGUGAAAUGGAUAAUCAAGCACCUAUAGUUCACGGAUGUCCAGAAAACCGUACUAUUCUCACAGCAAACAUGAAAAGCUUUCAAACAUGGGAGGUACCAAAUAUAACGGAUCCCCAUCAAGAACAGCUUGAAAUAACAACAAAUUAUCGCAACAAUAGCUACGAAUUUCCUUGGGGGAAUUUUAUCGUCCAGUACCAUGCUGUAAAGCCAUCCAAUGGGCUAACCGCUGAGUGUACCUUUGCAAUCUCCGUUAAACCACAUCCAUGCGAAAAGCUAAAGGCUCCUAAACAUGGCAUACUUGCAUGUAACAAAUGGAAAUCUGAUCAUGUAAACGUGUGUAUGUUUGUCUGUUUAAGAAAUUACACCUUACCAAUACGAUUCAACACCGAUGAUCUGUACGUUUGUGGUGCUUCUGGAAGCUGGUUGCCCCAAAGCUCAGUGACAGAAUGUGAAAUUGAUGAGUUCUCUCCAUGGAAAAACGCUGACCGUAAUGGAAUAACGUUUGAAUCUUGUUCAACCGUUGAGGACAAACGGAAAAUUGGUGAACAUUACAUAAACAUAUUAAAUAAAUCGCCAUUUAAUUCUUUAUGUGUCAACAGUCAACGCGAAUGCAAACCAGGCAAUGUUUUGAUUGAAUGCUGAUUGUGUGAAACCAUUUCACGUAAUUUAAAAAAUUGUAUAAUG